UCGGAAGGGGUGUUCUGAGUUAUUUGAGCUGUGUAAUCUCGAUUGACACUCUAUUCGACUGACAAAUAGACCCAUCUUUUUUAGUAUUGGUCGUCCAAAUCGUACAGAUCACAUAUAACAAUGGUGAAGGCUGUUGCUGUUCUUAAUAGCAAUGAGGGAGUUAGUGGCACUGUGUACUUCACUCAAGAAGGACAUGGUCUAACUACAGUGACCGGAAGCCUCUCUGGUCUUAAACCUGGCCUCCAUGGCUUCCAUGUCCAUGCUCUUGGUGACACAACAAAUGGCUGUUUGUCGACUGGUCCACAUUUUAAUCCUGCUGGCAAAGAGCAUGGUGCUCCCGAGGAUGAUAAUCGCCAUGCGGGUGAUCUUGGGAAUGUCACAGUUGGGGAGGAUGGUACUGCUACUUUCACCGUUGUAGACAGUCAGAUUCCUCUCACUGGGCCAAAUUCCAUUGUUGGAAGGGCUGUUGUUGUCCAUGGUGAUCCUGAUGAUCUUGGAAAGGGUGGACAUGAACUAAGCAAGAGCACAGGAAAUGCUGGUGGCCGAGUGGCCUGCGGCAUUAUCGGCCUCCAGGCAUGAUCUGCUAUCUUAAGUUGAUUUGUGUUGGAAACAUGUUUGAGCAGAACUUCAUGGUUGUUCUCUUUCUUCGGGUGUUUCUUUCAUUUUGGUGGUAUUUGGUGUUGCUGAAACUGCCUUUCCUCUUUCAUGUUUGUAUUAUGCUAUACUUCAAAUUUCCACUGGCUAGAACGACCCAAAUUGCCAGCUUGUUUAAUAAUAAUACAAGAAAGAAACACCAAGAUAUGGUUUAGUAUCGAAGAAUGAAA